CGCGAAUCGUGAACCAGCGCCUUAUCACCAGAUCACCCGCGCCUACUGCUGGCAGCAACAACUUGUCGACGGACCUCGUGUUCGCUAUCUCUGUCCUUAAUCCCUUGUUGUACUCCUUCUCUCUUCGCCUCCCUCAUACUUCACCAUCAACAUCACUAUAUUGCAUUUUCGUCACGAAUCAUACAAUAUGUGUCGAUGGUUCGCAUACAUAUCGCCCUCGGAGCCAUGCUUGCUCGAGGACGUCCUCGUCACGCCCAAGCAUGCUCUGACCCAGCAGGUCCAUGACCACUACCUCCCUCACUUGUUGCCUCACGGGCACGACCAAGAUUCGGAGAACGAUAGCAAAGCUCGAAAUAUGCUAUUCAACAUCGACGGUCUUGGAAUAGCGUGGUACACGUCCACGAGUGCUGAUUUUGGUUGUCUAGAUCCUUCAGAUGGUUCGUGUCGUGAGGGUUUGAGGCCUGCCAUGUACAAGACAAUCCAGCCGCCGCUCAACGACAUGAAUUUCCGGUCGAUCUGUGCGAAUACUGAAACUCGUGUCUUGUUUGCUCAUAUUCGUGCCGCAUCAGGGACCUCCAUCACGCCAGUAAACAAUCAUCCCUUCGUAUUUGGACGACACGCGUUCAUGCACAAUGGUGCCAUCAGCAACUUCAUGGACAUCAAGCGCGAGGUCUGCAACAGCAUGAGUCAGGCCGCCUAUGCAAACAUCCAGGGAGCGACGGAUUCAGAACACAUGGCUGGUCUUUAUAUGACUUUUCUGACGAAAAAUGGUGGACCCGCAUCAUUCGAGAAACGGUAUCCUGCCGCUGAGAUGGCGGAGGCGAUGCAUCAGACAGUGGCGACGAUCAUUCAAUUACAAAUCCAACAUUUCGGGUCAGACAAGAAGCCAAACAGCCUCAAUUUAUGUGCCACAGAUGGCACCCGACUCGUAGCCUAUCGAUUCCGUAACCAUGCCAAAUCACAACCUCCGAGUUUGUACUACAGCACCAAGGCCGGAACAACGCUGAAUCGCAAGUAUCCCGACAAUCCCGACAACGAGGACCGUCCGCAGAGGGCACAAGGAAUUCCUGAGGACCAGCAUGGUAAGCAUCUCAUCGUCGCCAGUGAGCCCAGCACGUACAAAGACAAUGACUGGGAGUUGAUUGGGAGGAAUCAAUUCCUCCUCGCGGAUCCGGACGGGACCUUUGAGGUCAAGGAUGCCCCGUACGGUGUCGACUGGGAUGGACAAUGAUCUACAUGAAGCGGUAUUCAGUAGUGGGUAUCAAUAUAAACGCGCAAGUACACUUCCAUGUUACUAGUGGAUAGGACUCACAAAGGCUGCGAGAUGUUGCACGACGGUCGUACAUUCUUGGUACAAUGUUAUGAAUCAUCAAUCUAAAACUCUCCAACGCCGAGAAAUGCCGCA